AAAACCUGCCAAAUUCCAAAAAUGAUUUAGAGCCAAUUGAGACGAAGCAAGGAAGACGAUCGGAAGAAAAGUAGAUAGAGACUUUGUUGAAUUCCAUAAAACUGAAUUUGGAUAUUGAUCCUCAAAUUUGGAUAUUGAUCCUCAAAUUCAUGCGCUUCUCUACCAUUCUCCGCAAAGCCCGGAUCCAAAUCUGCCAUUGCCGGAGCUCCGUCAAGCUACUUCACUCUCUUCCCCGACCAAGACCCAGAAACCCCACCAAGCGAUUCUUCCAGAAACCAAAUCCUGCGAAAACACAGACUCCAGACCCCAGGGUUUACACAAGAGACAUCGUAUCCAACAUCUACAACAUCCUCAAGUACUCCACUUGGGAAUCUGCUCGAGAACAGCUCCCACAUCUCGGCGUCAGAUGGGAUUCUCACAUAAUCAACCGUGUAUUGAAAGCCCACCCUCCGAUGCAGAAAGCUUGGCUCUUUUUCAACUGGGCUUCCGAGAUCAAGGGUUUCAAACACGACCACUUCACUUACACCACCAUGCUCGAUAUCUUCGGGGAAGCGGGUCGGAUCCAAUCCAUGUACUCCGUCUUCCAGCUCAUGAAGGAGAAAGGUGUGGUGAUCGAUACGGUGACGUAUACAUCGUUGAUUCACUGGGUUUCAAGCUCCGGUGACGUUGACGGAGCAAUGAAGUUGUGGGAGGAGAUGAGAGAUCAAGGGAGCGAACCUACCGUCGUGUCGUACACGGCUUAUAUGAAGAUGUUUUUCGACAAUGGGAAGGUGGAAGAAGCGACGGAGGUGUAUAAGGAGAUGUUACGGUCGCGAAUCUCCCCGAAUUGUCACACUUAUACAGUAUUGAUGGAGUAUCUUGUUGGUACAGGAAAAUGCGAGGAGGCCUUAGACAUUUUCUUUAAAAUGCAAGAAAUUGGGGUGCAGCCAGAUAAAGCAGCUUGCAAUAUUCUGAUUGGGAAAGCCUGUAAAUUCGGUGAAACAUCGUUCAUGACUCGAAUUCUUCUGUACAUGAAAGAAAACGGGAUUGUCCUUCGUCACACUGUCUUUUUCGAGGCUUUAGAGACUCUGAAAGACGCAGGGGAAAGUGAUUAUCUGUUAAGGGAAGCCAACUCGCACAUUUCCGCUGAAUCUCUUUGCUCCAAUAACAUCGAUGAGACUCCUAAAGUUGAAGUUGAUGAAGAGAAAAGUGUAGAUUAUAGUAGAGUUAUCAGCUCCGUUCUCUUGAUGAAGCAGAAUCUGGUUGCAGUUGAUCAUCUUCUUAACCAGAUGAAAGAUAGAAACAUAAAGCUGGAUUCUUUUGUUGUUUCAGCAAUCGUAGAAACAAACUGUGACCGUUGUAGAACCGAGGGGGCUUCGUUGGCCCUAGAUUACAGCUCGGAAAUGGGAAUUCACCUCGAGAAGACAGCGUAUCUUGCGUUAGUUGGUAACUUUCUGAGAUCAAACGAGCUUGCUAAAGUGACAGAAACGGUCAAGGAGAUGGUGAAAGGCCAACACUCGCUUGGUGUGUACCAAGGAGCAACGUUGAUCCACAAGCUCGGGUUUGGAAGAAGACCUCGCUUAGCAGCAGAGGUUUUCGACUUGAUUCCAGAUGAUCAAAAGGGAGUAGCUGCUUACACUGCGUUGAUGGAUGUUUAUAUAUCAGCAGGGAGUCCAGAGAAAGCAAUGAAGAUAUUGGAAGCGAUGAGAGAACGAGAGAUCAUGCCUUCGCUGGGGACAUACAAUGUUCUAUUGUCUGGUCUUGAGAAAACCAGUGAUUUCCAGAGAGAAGCAGCGUCGUUGAGGAAAGAGAAGAAGAGUCUUGUUGCAAGUGGCCGUUUCCGAGAAAAUGUCGAUGUUGAAGAGAAAAUAUGUGAUCUUCUGUUCGCUAGAAAUCUGUAAUACAAAGAUUGCAGGUGAAAAUCAACAUACAUGUUUAAACGAAGCCCAGUUAUGUUAAAUAUUAGGCCCAUACUGUUUUAAGCCCAUUACUUCCACCACUUAUAAUUCAUUUUCUACAUUUCUGAUUGACUUCUCUAAUCGAC